UCAUGCUUUGUCUUUCUUUCUUCCAACAAUAAGACCCUAUUUAAGUAUUGUUUGGUGAAGACUCAUUUGGCAACCAUGGAAGACAACGACUUCUCAGAGACCGUCAAGUUCAUAAGCCACAUCCUCAUGGAAGAGAGCGUUGAACAAAGGCCAUUCUAUGAUUCACUUUCCUUGCAACUUACCGAAAAAUCCUUCUACCAAGCUCUCACCGGAAACCUACCUCUUGUGCACAGUCCCCAAGCUGAAACCAACUCCACCAACCACAACUUUUCAGAUGAAACUUCGCUUUCUCCGCCACCUUCAGUUACUGUUACUCAUGGACUCUCAAUUUUCGAUUCUUCCGUUGCCAAACUAUUGUCACACAAUACUUUCCAUGAUGCUGAUCCCGUUUCCCAGUUUAGGAGAGGGUUGGAGGAAGCUACCAAGUUUCUUCCUCCAGGGACUAACCUUUUAACUGCUCUAGAUUCAAAUGGUGAACAACAUCAACCAAUCAACAUGUUUGGACAUAAUUCCUAUGGUUCCAAGAGUAGGAAGAAUCACGAGCGCCAAGAGAUACAAAACAUAGAAGCAGAAGAUGAUGGUUACGAAGAAGGGAGAAGUAACAAGCAAUCAGCACUUAGCCUUGUUGAUGAGAGUGACUUGUCAGAUGCGUUUGAUCGGACGGUGUUGCUAAGUGUGGAAACCUUGUGUAGUGAACAAAGUUGUUUCCAAAAUGGAGGGAAGGCUCGUCCUAAGAAACAAGAGAGGAACAAAGAAACAGUUGAUAUGAGGAAUCUUCUGUUCAUGUGUUCACAAUCUGUGUAUGCAAAUGACAACAUAACUGCCAAUAAAUUGUUAAAGCAGAUAAGGCAGCACUCUUCUCCCAUUGGAGACGCAUCACAGAGGAUGGCUCAUUACUUUGCCAAUGGCCUUGAGGCACGCAUGGUUGGUGAUGGCAACACUGCACAAGGAAUGUUUUCUAUUCUCAACUCUAAGAAGAACACUGCUGCUGAGUUUCUCAAGGCACACCAGGUUUUUCUAUCUGCCACCCCUUUCAAGAAGUUUACAUAUUUAUUUGCAAAUACAAUGAUUAUGAAAGCAGCUGCCAAGGCAGAAACUGUUCAUAUUAUUGAUUUUGGCAUCCUAUAUGGUUUUCAAUGGCCAAUGCUUAUUAAGUUUUUAUCAAAUAGAGAAGGUGGACCUCCCAAGAUGAGGAUCACAGGGAUAGAGUUUCCCCAACCUGGCUUUCGUCCCACACAAAAAAAUGAGGAGACAGGUAGCCGUCUAGCUAACUAUUGUAAGCGUUACAAUGUUCCCUUUGAGUACCAUGCCAUAGCAUCAAAGAAUUGGGAAACCAUUCAAGUUGAAGCCCUUCAAAUUGAGAGCAGCGAGCUAGUUGUUGUGAACUCUCUUAUGAGGUUUGAGAAUUUACUCGAUGAGACUGUUGAAGUGAACAGUCCUAGAAAUGCAGUCCUGCAUUUGAUUAGGAAGAUAAAUCCGGAUAUUUUCACUCAGACCAUUGUUAAUGGAUCAUAUAAUGCUCCUUUCUUUACCACACGGUUUAGGGAGGCCCUCUUCCAUUUUUCUACUAUUUAUGACCUGUGUGACACUGUCAUACCUCGUGAAAACGAAUGGAGGAUGCUGAUUGAGAGAGAGAUUGUGGGUCGGGAGGCUAUGAAUGUUAUAGCAUGUGAAGGUUCUGAGAGGGUUCAGAGGCCUGAGACAUACAAACAGUGGAAGAUUAGGAAUACGAGGGUUGGUUUCAAGCAGCUCCCACUGAAUGAGGAAUUAGUGACCAAAUUUAGGACUCUGUUAAGGGAAUGGUACCACAGAGAUUUUGUCUUGGAUGAAGAUGACAACUAGAUGCUUCAAGGUUGGAAGGGUCGCAUUUUGUAUGCUUCCACUUGUUGGGUGCCGGCAUAGUGAGAUUCUCUUGGACUCGGUUCAGGACUCAUACUAGACUAAAGGUUCUGGUGGUAUCCUGAUCAGGCGACCUACUUGCUUAACCUUCAGUUACUGUGAUGAAGAUUGUACCGAGCUUUGCACCAAGUUGAUAAAAUUUUGGCACCACUUUUCUGGUAGAAUUGAGACUUGUUAAUGUAAUCAAAGUUCUAUAAUGAUUAGAAGGGAGUACUAGAGUAGGAGGGCUCUUAUCGCAUGUUUACCCCAGUACUUUGAAUCUAAAUGUUGAUUUAUUUUCUCUCUAACUAACAUGAUUUAGGCAUUUCAAAUCCUUCUAAAUAUAUUUGUAAAAUGUUUUUGCAGGAUAUGUUGUAUCUUGCACCAAAUUAGCUACUAAAUUGA